UGAAACGCUCCGCGUGGAAAGGAACAGAGAGAGCGAUGUCCGAGCGAUAUGGAUGUGCUUGGAGUGUUGCGCGUGUAUAUUCGCAGAGGACUGGUGAGUCCCCAGUUCUUCUUCGGUGACGGAGCCUCAGGAAACAGACAAUCUUGCUGGAACUCACAUAGAAACAUGUUCCUGUCCGCUUGUGACGGCGCUCGAGUUCGAAGCCCCAGAGAUGAAAGACGGUGAAAAGGGGGCGUUCGUUGGAGCUUUCAGAGGAAGGCAACACAUCUGCGAAUGCAUAUAGAAGGACUUCAGGAAUACAAAUGCAGGAAGCGUCUCAUUUCUGCGCAUCUCCACUCUUUUCUCCGAGUUCCGAGCCCACACCUAGCAAAGUCACCUCAAACCUCGCGUGUCUCUCUGCAGGGACAGUGAGACGGCGUCCUCUGCGCCACCCACGGUGGAGUUGCCGCUGAACUCGCCUCUUAAAGGCAGAAAAUCCAGCAAAACGUGGGGUAGGGUGCUCCGGAAUCGAAGCUCAAUUUGACAUUUUUGCAGCCAUGUAUUUCCGCUUCGUUUCCGCGGGUCACUCGAUGAGACAGCGUUCCUGGCUCCCCCGCAGGCGUGGAAAGUGCGUCGUGUCAGUACACACACUUCGCAUAAAACUCCACAAAAAGUAGACGUUUCAACUUGGUUUUUGUCCAGAUGCAGUAUCUGUCAAUUUCUGUUUUCAUCGUGCCUGGGUGGCCUCAAACCCCCGCCCUCCUCGGCAGCCUUUCUCCCGCGGGUCGUCAGGCAGCAACCAGGGAAGUCGAAGGCGAGUAAAAAAAGCGUUUUUCCAGAGCGCCUGCCCCCUCGAAGUUCAGAUUUUUGUUCAAACUCGGAAAGGGAGCGCUUUCCCGUGCUGGCAAACUCCAUGAACAAACAACGAGACUUGGGGUGGGUCGACUAGCUCCCGUAGGCUUCUUUCGACGUUGUUCAGGUCCCCCGAGGCCUGUUAAAGGCCUCGCAUUUCUUCGUCUCUCUCAUCAACUGUCAGUUUAUUUUUUUCUCCAUCAAAAGCCCGUCCGUUCAAGGCGAAAGAUUGGAGACCUAAUCACGCUUCGGUGUCCCUCCCGUAGCUUGGUUUUUGUGUGGCAACCCAAUCGCUGGCAUGUGGCUUUUCUUUUCGUUAGUGCGCACUUUGAAAAAGAACUUCUCCUGCCCUUAGCCCGGGAACUGAGCAGGCGGCCUUUCUCGCACUGCGGAGGACUCAGAGUUUCAGUUGCUCAAACUGAGCUUGCUUGAAGCGCCUCUUGAGUCGAUGCUUCUUUGAAAUACGCAGUAGCGGCAGGGUUGUCGUCCUUCCUGCACUUCACGUCUCUUGCGUUUCUGAGCAUUUGAGCCUCUUCCUCGUGACUCUUUUCUGCGCUUCGACCUGAAGUCUGCUAAAAGACUCGUCCCCAGAGGCCCGGACACCGGAGGGUAAAUCCGAGGGAAAGGGCACGGGGAGAAGCGGGGCAGCGGGGAGAACGACGCAAGGGGGAGAAAGUCCAGGACAAAGGGAGACGUGGAGACGACAGGGAGAAACAAAGGAUUCAACGGCUCUGAGAAUACUGCGGUAAACUGGUGGAAAGGCGGACGCGAGGAAGAGAGGGGAGAGACAGCCAGAAGGUGCCGUUCCAGAAGCACGCUGGUGCGAACGGCAGUGAGAUUUUGUACAGACUCUCGUGGUGACUUUUUUCUUGCGUAGUCAUGCACCACAGCACCCCUGUCUCGCCUUUUCUCUCUGCAGAGAAGAGUUUCGGGAGAAACAAGCGAAACACACAGACUCUGUAAACGAAACUUCACACUUGCACUUGUCUUCGCCCACCGUUUAGACGAUUCAUCUCCCGACUUACAGACCGACUGCUACAAUGGAGAACAACAGGUUCACUGCUUCGCCGUUCCCAGCGGCGCAUCGCGCCCCAAAGCCUAAACCGUUUUCCUCUCUUUCUUCCACUUUUUUUUCUUCUCUGUCGUCUUCCCGGUUCUCCUGGUCCCCCCUUAGCGCUAUCCCUCUCCCUCCAGCCCUCUGUGCAGCCACGCAGCAGGCGUCUUCUCCUUCUCCCUCCUCCUCACCUUCUUCUUCGGAAGUCGAGCCGGCGACUUCUGCGAGGACCUCUGCGUUGUUUUCUUCGCGAGUCUCUCAGCAGUUGGGCGUGGACGCGGCCGCAGCAUGUCUCGCCUCUUUCGGGGUGUCUCCCUUUGUGACGGUGAUCGAUCGCUCCAUCGUCCAGGGUGCCGCGGGCAGGCGCCGCCUGUGGGACGCCAUAGGCUCGGGCCUUCGGGACUUGGCGGUGAGGCCUCUGCAUGUGCUCUCAGGACGCGAUUUUCGUAUCGUCUUUGGUGUCUACGCGGGGACCUACUUUGUCGCGAACAGUGCAGCGACCCUAGGCCGCGAGUUGCUGCUCCCGGAAGCGACGGCGGAACUUUUCAAGUUCUUGUCGACCACCGCAGCCAACAUGUAUCUUUGCAUUCGAAAGGAUAUCAUCUUUGCCCAGCUGUUCGGCGCCGCAAACGCCUCGCCGUCCGCGUCUUCUCCGUCGCCAUGCCACGGAGUUGCUGGGCGAGGAGCUUCAGCGGUCGGCGCUGUUGAAAACGCGGUGAAGGCGACCUCUCGGAAGUUCCCUAUGGUGUCUACUCUCCUCUUCGUCAGUCGAGACGCCCUCACGAUUGCCGCCUCCUUCAAUGCGCCGGCCUACCUCGCCGCAUGGCUCACGCGUCGAGCCGCGGCAGACGACCUGCGGCGUCGACGCGGAAGUUCAGAGUCCGCAGCGAUUGGCUCAGAUCUAGAGGCUGACAUGCAGAUGACGCGCGAAGAGCGGCGCGAGGCUGCGCAUGCAGACGGGCGAAUUCCAACGAUGCCCCAGGCACACCGCGACUGGAUGGGAUCCGACCGCGACGACCCCGUCGCUGCUGGCGGAGGCGAGAGUGUCGGCGCGGCUCUUGAAGAAAAGCGAGUCUGGCAUCGCUUUGUGCACCGUCUUGCUGCUGAAAAGAGUUUCGCGGAUUCCACAGCGCAGCUGAUUUGUCCUGUACUCGUCCAGUUUCUGUCCACUCCACUCCACUUGCUCUCUCUCGACAUCUACAACAAGCCCGGACAGUCUGGAAUGCAAAGAGCCAAGUUCGUCGUCGGCGCGUACGCGGGCACCGUCGCGGCGCGUGCGUCUCGCAUACUCCCCGCUUUCGGCAUUGGUGGCAUUCUCAACGCAAAAACUAAAGAGGCCCUCAGACAGUACACUCAUGAAGAGACGCAAUGAAGGACUCCGACAGAAAAGGAACCAGUGAAAGGGAGGGGGGAGAACGGAAAGGAAAACUGACCGUGCCACGAGUGAGAGAGAAGCUACAGGAGAACACAGCGGGAGGCUCGUAAAAUGUAGAGUUCACUGUUUUCUUCUUUGACAAGGGUGAAGACAGAAAGAGGGACAGGACGAUUGGAACUACCUCAAAAAGGCUGUCCGAGGGGAAAGACGCACAACGAUGAGAUUCAGCGUACCAGAGACAGUGAAAAGAAUUUGUCACUUUCCUGUGAAGGAUCGUGCAUGCAAGUCACGCCAGAAGAUUAGGACAAUCGAACGUUCAAGGAAAUCUGACCCGUGUAGGGAACUGCUGGGCGGGGAGACUUCAGCCCCUCACUGUCUCCAUUCCCUGGGGGAGGUUCUUUGCCCAGAGGCAGCUCACCGGAGGGGCACAUCGAGGAUAGUUGCAGAUGGGCAAAAGAGAUUCCUGUUUCCUCAAUGGCGCCUCUGACGGCUGCACUCUUCCCCUUCACAUGUGAGUGCAUUUCGUGUCUUUGCGCAAGGUCUGUAAGAGGUUCGGAGGGUUCUUUCGUUUCGAGAGCCCAUGAAUCAGGUGGACAACCUGUCAUGCGUGCUUCUCCAGUCUCCGCUUGUCAUGCGUCGCUUCCCUUGCUAUGUGUUGCUGCCAACUUGACCGUGGGCGUGGUCGGGGUAGAAGCUUGUCUUCACGAGAAGACUUCGGAUAUUUCCACCAUGUCCUCUCUACGACUGCCUCUUUUCGCUUCUUCUCGCACAGUGGAUUAUUUUAUAAAUGCAGAGCUCUGCAGCACGUAGAAACGAGAUCACCUGUUUCCCGUUUUCCUCAACCACCCAAAUUUGCACAGUGUGUUUGUAUCUGCAGAGAAAAGUAGCAAACGAGCGGGGGAACGAAAUCCACAUGCGUCCGAGUUUUCCCGUUGGCCGACACAGAUGCUCUUUGCGUUGUAAAGCAGUUCCCGAGAGAACGGGGAAGGUUUCAGGGACGUAAACGCUUGAUUUCGUCUAUGCUUCUUGUCCGUUCUUUAAAGUAUGCCAUUUGUCCUACUACGUUCUGUCGAACGUUCCAAGGCAUUCAUGAUUCGCGCGAGUGCCUCAGCAGCCACAGAGGACAUUCUUGACCGCUCUCCGGGGUCUUCAUUGUGAAAGUGCUUCGGUGAUAUUCUUCCUAGAACGCGGCACAGAGCGUCACGCGACGGCGAAAGAGCACCGGAAACUUGCCCGGUGGGAUUGACAGUUCCAUGAAGUAUUCCUCUACGCUUCUCGUUGGUAGCCUGGCGAACUGACAGCUUCUUCACACGUGGCUGAGGCUCUUUUCUUGCAGGGUCGGUGGAACCAUAUGAAAUGGAAGACAUGCGAACAAUGUAUCAAAGACACAGAGACACGAAAGAAUUCUUCCGGAUCUC